AGGGCAGCCUUCCUUUCAAAAUGGUAGUUUCCGCCUGAGGUUUAAAUUUUGAAAGCUGCCCUCAUGCUGCAUUGUGAGUUUUAAAGUCAACACACAAGCUUUAUAACUUUGCACAUUUCUAUUUAUGCCCAAUGUAUGUGGGAGAGCUUUCUGUUGAUGCUGUUACUAAUUGGUUUGCAACCACGAUCCUAAGUUUGCCUCGCAUUCUAUACUACUCAAAGGAUUCAUUGCUACAAAGUUUUGUGGGAAAAAGCAGUCCUCAUAAGGUGAAAGUCAUUUUCUUCUCAGAAACAGGGGAGCGUGCAGCUCCAUUCGUGCGUCAAGCUGCCCUAAAUUAUUGGCCAUAUACUGCUUUCACAUUUGUCCCAUGGCGAGAAGAGGAAUCUUCCUUUUGGUGGAAUGUGUACGUGUAUUUUCUUUCUUUUCUUUUUUGGGAGAACGUAUAGGAAUGCUUUUUUUUUCCCCUUCCCUUUUUUAAAAAAAGAAAAAGAAAAGGAAAGAUUAAUAUCUUAAAUGUUCUUACAAGCUUCCUUCGGAAUAAUUUCCUAGUUUUGUGAAUAAUCUUGUCAUUUUUUCUUUGAUUGGUACAGGGUUGUCCGGAUCAAAGCCCGACUAAUCCC